CUGGUGGAAAGAGAGAGACAAGUAGGCGAGUGUUCGUCGAGGGAAACGAGAAGAGGCGCCACGGCGAGCUGAGCUGAGUUGUGUGUCUGUUCUUUCCCACCUCACAUUGCUAUUACAGGACCCACAUCCAGGAAAGUGGAAGAAAGUAAUCCCCAGUCAGAGGGGCCUGCCAGAAAGGGAGAUAACAGACUGCAGGAAUACUCUGCUGAGCCAUUUGAAGAUGGUGAAGCCUGAUCUUCACACUCUGGCUCAUCACCUCAAGCAAGAGCGUCUUUAUGUGAAUUCUGAAAAGCAGUUGCUUCAGCGAUUAAAUACGGAUGUAUUGAAAACUGCUGAAAAGCUGUACUGCUCAGCAUGGAUCGCAAAACAGCAGCGAAUUAACCUGGACCGUCUCAUAUUAACAAGUGUGGAAGCUUCUCCGGCAGAAUGUUGCAAACAUGCAAAGAUUUUGGAGAAUACACAGUUUGUGGAUGGAUACAAGCAGCUGGGAUUCCAAGAGACACUAUAUGGUGAAUUUUUGAAUCGCUUGAGAGAAAAUCCAAGACUUGUUGCCUCCUGCUUGGUUGCUGGGGAGAAGCUUAAUCAUGAGAGCACCCACAAUGUAAUCCUUACAGUAUUUACUGCCCUUUAUGGUAACUGCAUUAUGCAGGAAGAUGAGAGCUAUCUUCUACAAGUGUUGCGCUACCUAAUUGAAUUUGAGUUGAAAGAGAGCGAUAACCCCAGGCGACUGCUUCGAAAAGGUGCUUGUACUUUCAGCGUUUUGUUCAAGCUUUUUUCAGAGGGUCUGUACUCUGCAAAACUCUUUCUUACUGCAACUUUACAUGAACCAAUUAUGCUGCUGCUUGUAGAAGAUGAAGAUCACUUGGAAACUGACCCAAAAAAGCUUAUUGAAAGAUUUACUCCGGCGCAGCAAGAGAAGGUUUUUGGGGAGAAGGGCACGGAGCAGUUCAGAAGGAAAGUGCAGGAGAUGGUAGAAAGCAAUGAAGCAAAGCUGGUAGCUUUGGUCAACAAAUUUAUUGGAUAUCUUAAACAAAAUAUUUACUGUUUUCCACAUAGUUUACGUUGGAUUGUAUCGCAAAUGUAUAAAACCUUGUCAUGUGUGGAAGGGUUGGCUGUUGGGGAAGUGAAAGCCAUGUGUACGGAUUUGUUGCUUGCCUACUUUAUUUGCCCAGCAAUUGUGAAUCCAGAACAGUAUGGGAUAAUCUCUGAUGCUCCAAUUAACGAAGUGGCAAGAUUUAACUUGAUGCAGGUUGGCCAACUCUUGCAGCAGUUGGCAAUGACCGGCAGUGAGGAAGCAGAUCCACGGCUGAAGAAUAGCCUCUCCAAAUUUGACAAAAGUUGUGUUGCAGCUUUCUUGGAUGUUAUCAUUGGAGGUCGCACAGUGGAGACUCCUCCUAUGUCCUCGGUGAAUCUGCUGGAGGGACUUAGUAGGACUGUUAUCUACAUGACACACAACCAGCUUUUAAACUUGGUUAAUUUUGCACGGCAUGUAACAUCAAGGGACCUGCUAAGAGAAGAGGACAAGAUGGCUCUGGAGAACCUUAUUAUUAAUCUUCCUCAACCCAGAACAGGGAAGAGCAAUAGCCUUGAGCUGACUCCCUCCAGCACACCCCAGCUAUCUCCUGCAACUACUCCAGCUAACAAAAAAAAUCGACUUCAAAUAGCUGGAAGAAACAGAGGCCGGACGAAUGAAGCAAAAGAGCAACACUUCGACCAUGAAAGUUCGAGUCAGGAGCCUUUACAAGAAGUCCAGCCUGAAGAAGUGUUGGUCAUUUCGCUGGGCAUUACCGCUCAGAUGUCACCUGGCAUGAUGUCAGAAAAUGAGGUGUUGAGCUUGCAGCUUGCGGAUAGUGGGCAAGGAGAAGUGCCUCCUGACGAUGGAAAACUGCAUGGCAAACCAGAUAAAACUCUGCGCUUUUCCCUCUGUAGUGAUAAUCUGGAGGGAAUAUCAGAAGGACCUUCAAACCGCUCAAAUUCCGUAUCCUCACUCGACCUGGAAGGGGAAUCAGUCUCUGAACUUGGAGCAGGACCUUCUGGAAGUAAUGGUGUUGAAGCUUUACAGCUUUUGGAACAUGAACAGGCCACAACACAAGACAAUCUCGAUGACAAACUACGUAAAUUUGAACUUAGAGACAUGAUGGGGCUGACAGAUGACAGGGACAUUUCAGAAACUGUCAGUGAAACCUGGAGCACUGAUGUCUUGGGAAGUGAUUUUGAUCCAAACAUUGAUGAAGAUAGACUGCAAGAUAUUGCAGGUGCAGCAGCAGAGAAUAUGCUAGGUAGUUUACUUGGUUUACCAGGUUCAACUUCAGUACUACUGGAUCCUUGCACAGGGUCAACGAUUUCUGAGACAACAAGUGAGGCUUGGAGUGUGGAAGUUUUGCCAAGUGACUCGGAAGCUACAGAUUUGAAACAAGAGGAGCGGUUGCAGGAGCUGGAAAGUUGCUCAGGAUUGGGUAGCACAUCUGAUGAUACAGAUGUGAGGGAAGUGAGUUCACGGCCCAGUACACCUGGUCUCAGUGUUGUCUCAGGCAUGAGUGUCACUUCAGAAGACAUACCCAACAAAGUUGAGGAUAUCCGAUCAGAAUGCAGCUCUGAUUUUGGAGGGAAAGAUUCUGUUACAAGCCCUGAAGUGGAGGAAAUUGUACAAGGUGCACAUCAGAUGACUUCUCCGCUUUCCCAGACAGACACGUUGCUUGCAAUGUUUGACCCGCUGUCUUCUGAUGCUUCCAUCAUGCCAUCAAUAGUCAGGCCUAAAGUACACUAUGCAAGACCAUCACACCCGCCACCUGAUCCUCCAAUACUGGAAGGUGCUGUGGGAGGCACCGAUGCCCGAUUGCCAGCAUUUGGGUCUCAUAUUUGUUGCCAAACUGAAGCUGAGCUGCUGAAACAGAGGCACUCCUUUCCAGAAAGGCUAGUACGCAGCAGAAGUUCUGAUAUUGUUUCUUCUUCUCGCCGACCAAUGAGUGAUCCUGGUUGGAAUACUCCAGGCAGCAGAAGAACAGGGAAUGAGGAACUGUUUGCAGCUGGGGCAGCACCUGUAGGAACCUCAGGACCAACUUCAUCGCCAAGCAAAGACUCCCUCGGGGAGGAAAGAAAGGACAGUGAUGAUGAGAAGUCGGAUCGUAAUAAAUCCUGGUGGAAAAAACGAUUUGUGUCUGCUAUUCCGAAAGCUCCUAUUUCCUUCAGGAAGAAAGAUAAACAAGAAAAAGACAAAGAAGAUGGUGCACAGGAAAGGUUUCAGGCCAUGCAAGAUGAGCCAAUUCCCAGGCUGAAUGUACAGGCGCAGGCUGCAGAGGAUAUCCUGGAUAAAUAUAGAAGUGCAAUUAAACGAGCUAGCCCCAGUGAAGUAGUUGUCAAUGAUGAAGUUGCAGAGACUGUUGGAGAUGAUAGUGUCCAUAAUUCGCCACGUGAUGAAACGCUUCAAAACCUUUCAGCAGAUGAUCUGCCAGAUUCUGCUAGUCAGACUGCCCAGACUCAAGACUCCACAUUCUCCUUUCGAGAUGCAAAGAAGAAAUUGCGAAUGGCUCUGUGCUCUGCUGACUCAAUUGCAUUCCCCCUAGUGAGCCAUUCAGCAACCAGAAAUGGCCCUCCUGGAGGACCUGAUCAAGGAGAAUUAGAAGACAACGAGAUUGUCUGCUUUCUCAAAGUUCAGUUAGCUGAAGCCAUCAAUUUGCAGGAUAAGCACUUGAUGGCACAGAUUCAAGAAACCAUGCGCUGUGUCGGCAGAUUUGACAGUAGAACUUGCAACAAGUUACUAGCUGCCAUUGCUGAGGAUUAUAGAAAACGAGCUCCAUAUAUUGCUUACUUGACACGAUGUCGUCAGGGGCUCCAGACUACUCAAGCCCACCUUGAAAGACUCUUACAAAGAGUGCUCAGAGACAAAGAGGUUGCGAACAGAUACUUCACUACAGUCUGUGUGAGACUAUUGCUUGAAAGCAGGGAAAAGCAUAUUCUGGAAUUUAUUAAAGAUUUUCAGAAUCUCACUGCAGCAGAUGACAAAACUGCCUUAGUAGAAGAAUUCCUGCAGUCGUUGUAUGGAGUUAUGGCACAAGAUGUUAUCUGGCAGAAUGCCAGUGAAGAACAGCUCCAGGAUGCACAAAUGGCAAUUGAGCGUAGUGUUAUGAACCACAUUUUCAAACUCGCCUUCUAUCCCAAUCAGGAUGGUGAUAUUUUACGUGACCAGCUUUUCAAUGAACACAUUCAGCGUUUGUGUAAAGUUGUCAGUGCAAAUCACCGAGCACUUCAAAUUCCAGAGGUGUAUUUGAAAGAAGCACCAUGGCCAUCUGCACAGUCGGAGAUUCGAACAAUCAAUGCGUACAAGACCCCAAGAGAUAAGGUUCAGUGUAUCCUGCGAAUGUGCUCUACCAUAAUGAAUCUGUUAAGCCUAGCCAAUGAGGACUCCGUCCCUGGGGCAGAUGACUUUGUUCCUGUUCUUGUGUUUGUCCUUAUCAAGGCUAACCCACCCUGCCUGCUGUCCACUGUUCAGUACAUCAAUAAUUUCUAUGCCAACCGGCUCGGUGGAGAAGAAUCCUAUUGGUGGAUGCAGUUCACAGCAGCAGUUGAAUUCAUUAAAACCAUUGAUGAUCGCAAGUGAUGCAGAACACCACCUGCAUGGCAGACUGUUAGGAAAAGUGAAAAGAUUUACGCCAACUGUUUGUGGGAGGGGAACUUGACUGAAUUUUCUCCUCUUGUAUAAUAAAUGUAGAUAGUGUGGAGGCAUUUCAAAAACAAAAUAGAUUCAGUGUGUCUUUACCCAAAUUAACAAUCAGAUUUACUAACAGGUCUUUAUAUAUUUCUGUCAUAUAAAGUCAACAGGUCAGCAAUGCAAAAAGGGACCACACUUUUUCAGGUAUUUCGAAAAGUUGACAGUGUACUGUAGGAAAGUGACAUUAUUUACUUGCGUUAACUUGAUCGGCAUGAGUUUUAAGCUGGGGCCUCAAACAAAUGCAAUGGUGAUUUUUUUUUUUUGUUAAACCUUCCUUCUUUUCACAAAGCAUAAAUGGCAGCCAGUUCUACCUUUUUUUUUUUCAGUGAAACUAAUUUUUGUUGAUUGAGUGUGCCCAGGCCAAAUCUAUGUGCAUUUGACCAAUCAUGCUUUCCCUGAAAGAAAUUUACUGACAACAUAGAGCGUGUCAUAACCCAAGGUGAAGAAUCCUCAACUGUAGUUUAUCACUUUUAUCUGAAAAAGUCACCCUCUCGCAUUGCUUCGAUAUAUUUUUGACCCAUUGUUAUUAUUUCCAAAAUUUGGAUGACUUUUAGACCAGGGUAUCAUACCUGAUUUUGCAGCCUUAUCGGUGUAUGUUUAAAUUAAGUAUUAGUAUUUAACCAACUUGUUAUUAAAGUGACAUAGGACUGUAUUUGUUUUAGUUGCUGGGGUUAUCUUUACAAACAUCGUCCAGAAAAUAAUGCUUUUUAUUUGAAAGUGCUUUUACCAGGAUAGCGGUUUCAUUUGGAUUGAUAAGCAAGAGAGCGUAUGUGCUGGUUCCCACAUUUUGCAGUUCUUAAAUUGGUUCUCUUCUCUUGUGGCAGAAUUAUAGAUUCAGAAAAGGUGGAUCUGGAAUUUCUCUUUUCAGAGUAAGGAAACCAGUUUUAAUAAGGAAAUGCAAAGAAUCGGAAUAUGAAUACUGCUCUCCCAUGAUCCAAGAUAAACAAGCUAUAAAACAAAAGCAAAUUAAGUGAAAUGUUGAGCUCCCAAUUUAGAAAGUUGCAGUUGAACGCCAGCCUUGACUGCCUUUUCAAUUCCACUACCCUCAAGAAUUUGUUCCCUGUGCAUAUCGGAUGGGGUGCAAGCAUCGUUCACGUCCUGCGGAAGCACCCUUUUCAGCAGCUGGACCACAGUUAUACUAAUCUCCAAGAAGAGUUUUGCAACCGUGACUUCCUUGGCUAAAACAGGAAGUGAGAUCUGAGGGAUAUGAAAAUGAUGGAGGAGGAACAGGAAAGAUUAAUGCAGAUCACAUCAAUAUCUUACAGUAGCUGAAACUUCCAGUUGACAGCAGUGCCUUUGUCAACAGCUAAAAUUUAACAGACGACAUGAAUGGACAGCCAUAUAUGACUCACUUUUACAUCACCUUUAUGGAGCCAUUUUUAAUAAGCAUAAUCAGAAGGCACUGGGACUUGGUUUUUCCAAGAACAAUUUCCAGUUUAAAAUUGAAGCGAGUCAGAUGUCUAGGAUAUACAAAUGACAAUAUAUGAGGAUUUAAAUUAUUAUAUUUUAAGUUGCCUUACAAGUGGCUAACAAAAUGGUAGAAUUAAAUAAUGGCAGCUUCAAUAAGUUAAGUUUCACUGAAAAGACUGAUUUGCUGUGUUUUUCUUUAUUAAAAAGGGAGCACUAUUCUGGGUCAAGGACAGUAAUUUUAAUGUAAAUUCACCUGACUGUUCAUAUAUUUUUUAGAAAAUAAAGUAACUUGAGAGAAGAUGGUCUCCAUUGUGCUGAUCCAAAACCAGCCUGAAAUAAACCUAUCAUCUUGAGUCUUUGGGCCAGCAAAGACCAACUUGGAUUGCUUACCUCAGCCUGUCUAUUGUUAGUUGUUGUGGGACUGUACCUGUCAUUUUUCUUUAUCUUGGAACCAGAGACCUAGUCCCAUUUUUUAAAAAAAUGGGACUAUUGCAAUUUGGGUUUGCAGUUGAAGAUCAAGAAGGAUGCUAAUUCCUGCUGACCAAAUAAUAACUCACUAAAAGGGAGUGUGUUGGAUACAUCACCCGAGUAGCAAACCUCUGGGGAAUUUGUGUGAAGCUGUUAUAUAACCAAUAUCUCCUCCCAAGGAAAGAUUUUUUUUUAAAAGGAGUGCUUUCCCUUCAUUGCCAAAGUAUGACAGUCUCCUAAACCAUUGUUGUAAUCAGUUAAAAUUUAAUAAUUUUCAUCAAGUUAAUUUAUGAAUUUAGAGAAACUUUGCAAAAUGUAUAAAAAUGUUCUAACUGUGUAUAUAGUUGAUGUGGGAGUAGGUAUUUCAGUGUGUCAGCCUGGAGUAAAGGACCUUGUUCUGCCAUAUUGCAAAGCACAGUCCUGAGUAUUCAAUGUUAACUUUGAAUGUGAAUCUCAUCAUCUCAACACAACUAAGAUUAAUUUAACAAAAUCUAGAUCAAGAUCACUUGACGACUGCUAACAUACACUUCAUUAGGGCAGUUAAUGUGUCUGAAGAUUUCAUGGUGAGUAUGGUCUACAGCGAGAAAGCCAUAUACCUAGGUGAUUUAAAAAAAAAUCUACCUGAUUACAGUCGUGAGAUAUCUUUCAUAUUUGUUUUUGCUUACAAAACACGACUUUCUUCCAACCCUACAGAUAAUAGGUGAUCACUGUUCAGAGUUGUAUCCAGUUACCAAAAGUAAUUUUAACUUUUUUUGUUUGGUGUGAUUAAGUUUGUGUUUUAGAGUUGCUAAAUGCAUUGCUAUUAUGUACCAGGUAACAAUAUUAGAAUACAUGAUCAAAAAUAUAUUAUCUCGGGCUACUGCUAAUUUUGGAUUAUUCACUUGAGUCUGAAUCCCAUAUACUAUUGCAGUGCUCAGCCUGAAGGUUAGAAAUCUGAAAAAAGGAAAUAAAUUACUUUUAGCUGAGAGGUAUCAAUGCAGUUAACAUUAUGUAGCUGUGGAUGUUGUCUUUGAUCACAUGAACAACAUUGUCAGACCUAAGUAAUUUGCUGCAAAAAUGCUUUAAGUUUGAACAAUUUAAGGCAGAUUCAGAAGAGUUUUUUUUUUCUAAACUUAAAGAUCCUCUUGGCCACACAGCAUCCUAUAACAUUAAUGUUUCCCUAGUAUCACAGACCAGUCAGUGCCUUGCAGCUCCAGAACUUCUGCAUCAUUGGGGCACACUUCAGAAUAGUACAAAAAUUGUGAAUUAUGAUCCUUGUGGGGAUGGAGGAAACAUGGCUGAAAGUGUGUUCAUCUCUGCUAAAAAAAACUAAUUGUCUCUCUGAUAAUUGACUGACUCAAGAAUCUGUACUUGUUUUGUAGUUGCACUUUUGAAUAAUAUUUAAUAUUGUAAUGAAGUUAAUGUUUGAAAAAUAUGAUUAAGUUUUCCUUACCUUUAAAAGAGUAAACUUUGAUUUAGAACAAAAUAAAUUCUAAAUGUACACAAUUUGGAGUUUAGGGAUUGGGGUUUAUUUAUUUUACAAUUAGAUUUUGUGAAGAUGAAACUGUCAACUAUUUAUUUUUAACACUUUGCAAAUAUAUUCAUUUUAAAUUGUCUCUUUGUUUUAAGUUUGGGGGUUUGGUCUGGUAUACGUUCAAGCUUUUAAUACUGCUUUCCUCUGCAGCUUGUAUUUGAGUCAUUGAUUAUAUCUCUAGAGACUUUGUUUUGAAAUAUAGGGAGGCUGCCAUUUAUAAAUUUUUUGAACAAGAAUACAAAACUUGCAACUACUUCAGUCGUUAAAAGGUAUUCUGACAUGCAUAUAGACCCAAAAGCACAUUAGUGAGGACCAAACAGCAGCAGCAUACACCAUCAUAUCCGUGAUAUCCUGAAGCAGCAGGAAAGAACAACAAAUGCUUUACAGUUAGCACUUCAGAACAUGGAUGGGACUGUUAUACUUAAAUUAACCUAAGGUAACUUAAUACUAUGUUCUGUUUGUUAACUGCAUCACCUGUAUUACUGCCUCUUUGGAACUGUUAGAGCCUUUACAAACUUAAGUUAAUGAGCUUGCACAAUCUUGCACACAGGAAAAAAAAAUGUAUACUGUCUUUAAUGAGAUUAAUGUAAUAUAUCAUUCUAUGCUAAUUAAAGGGAGCAGUUUAUCCCAUUUGCUUGUGUCUGCUGAUUAAUUUAGUUUUCUACCAUAUUCAAUUGAUUUUGAUGUUAAUUCUCUUUGCAUGCAAUAUGGAUGGCCUCCAAAGUGUACAACACAAUUACAUCUCAGGUAUGAAUAUACUCUACCGUUUAAAAUGAAUCAAAUUGGCUUCAAAUGCGCUCAAACUGGAUCCAAGCCAAUAAUUUAAGAUUAAACUUCAGGUGUAACCUGUAAAAUGUAUAACUUGAGACAGAAGGUUUCAAUUGUAUUGUGUAUUGCAACUGAACAGGAGCAGUAAUGCAGUUGUUCUUGACCUAAAUCAGUGCAAUAAAUGUAGUUUAUCAAAGUAAA